AUGCGGAUAGGAACUCUUCAACUCGCCCCUGCACUAGGUGAGACAGAAAAGAAUAUUCAACUAGCCAACGACCUAAUCAAGGACAUCCAACCACGUCAAUUCAAUCUGCUAGUCCUGCCAGAACUAGCAUUCACCGGCUACAACUUUCCAGACCUCUCCGCUAUAACACCAUUCCUCGAACCAACAACAUCAGGGACAACUACACAAUGGGCCGUCGCCACAGCGAAACGAUUACAAUGCCACAUCAUAGCUGGCUACCCAGAAGUUCACACAGACGACACAACUGGCGAGACGAACAAUUACAACUCAACUGUCACCGUCUCACCACAAGGCGAAAUCCUGAACAAUUACCGCAAAUCAUUCCUCUACUACACAGACGAAACAUGGGCGACCGAGGGCUUCAGAAGCACGGCAACUAAAGCGCCAUUCUUCUCCGGUCCAUUGGGCGAGCUAGGUAAAGUAGGGCAAGGUAUCUGCAUGGACAUCAAUCCCUAUCGCUUCGAGGUACCGUGGUCAGACUACGAAUUUGCAAACAGUAUGCUUCAGUCUGGUGUGCCGUUGGUGGUACUCAGCAUGGCCUGGCUCACCCGCCUCGAGCCUUCGGAACUAGCAAUCGAGCCAGACAGACCGGACAUGGAGACUGUAGCGUACUGGAUCGAGCGCUUUCGUCCUUUUCUUGAAAAUGAUUCUGAUCGCGAGAUUAUUGUGGUUUUCGCGAAUCGGUGCGGUGUCGAAGGCAACAAGCUCGGAAGUGUGGAAGUGGGGAACGGGAAUAUGGUGGAGGAGGGCGAAAGGGUGUGCUAUGCAGGCAGUAGUUGUGUGAUGAGUUUUGGGCAGGGCCAGGUGAGAAUGUUUGAGAAAUUUGGGCAUGAGGUUGCUUUGCUUGGGAAGGGCGAGGAAGGCGUGUUGGUUAUAGACACAGAUCAGCCGGCGCGGUUUGUGCUGCAGCAGAAGAUGGUGUAA